GCGGCGGCGGCGCCGUUAAAGGUCGGCGGCAGCGCAGCGUGGGCAGCUUUAAGGGUUUGGGCUCGGCAUUGGAGCGAGGCGGCGGCGACGGCUCCAGUCACCCACCCUCCCAGUCACCAUGUCGGGCACCCGGGCGUCCAACGACCGCAGCAGCCAUCCUAGCGGCGGGGUCAAGCGGCCGCGCAGCGAGCCGGGCGGUAACAAAGUGACGGUGGUGCUGGGGGCACAGUGGGGCGACGAGGGCAAGGGCAAGGUGGUCGACCUGCUGGCCACAGAGUCGGACAUUGUGUGCCGGUGCCAGGGUGGGAAUAAUGCAGGCCACACUGUUGUUGUUGAUGGGAAAGAAUAUGAUUUUCACCUACUUCCUAGUGGCAUCAUUAAUCCAAAGGCAAUUUCUUUUAUCGGUAAUGGAGUGGUUAUACAUUUACCAGGCCUGUUUGAAGAAGCUGAAAAGAAUGAAAAGAAAGGUUUAAAAGACUGGGAGAAAAGACUGAUCAUAUCAGAUAGAGCACAUAUAGUGUUUGACUUUCAUCAGGCAGUAGAUGGGCUCCAGGAAGUGCAACGUCAAGCACAAGAAGGAAAAAACAUUGGCACAACGAAGAAGGGGAUUGGACCAACGUAUUCUUCCAAAGCUGCACGAACAGGCCUUCGAAUUUGUGACCUCCUUUCUGACUUCGAUGAAUUUUCUUCAAGAUUUAAAAAUCUGGCACAACAGUACAAGUCAAUGUUUCCCACACUGGAAAUAGAUACAGAAGGGCAAUUGAAAAAGCUGAAGGGGUAUGCUGAAAAAAUAAGACCCAUGGUUCGAGACGGUGUGUAUUUUAUGUAUGAAGCUCUUCAUGGCUCCCCAAAGAAGAUCCUUGUUGAAGGAGCCAAUGCAGCAUUACUUGAUAUUGACUUUGGCACAUAUCCUUUCGUGACUUCAUCGAACUGCACUGUAGGUGGUGUGUGCACUGGACUUGGCAUUCCUCCCCAGCACGUCGGUGAUGUGUAUGGUGUGGUGAAGGCAUAUACAACUCGAGUGGGAAUUGGCGCCUUCCCCACUGAGCAGAUUAAUGAAAUUGGAGAUCUUUUACAGUCCCGUGGCCACGAAUGGGGAGUCACUACAGGCAGAAAGAGACGCUGUGGCUGGUUAGAUCUUGUCACUUUGAGAUAUGUUCAUAUGAUCAACGGAUUCACUGCCUUGGCAUUGACAAAACUGGAUAUUCUUGAUGUCCUUGAUGAAAUCAAAAUCGGUGUUGCUUACAAACUGGGUGGAAAAAGAAUUCCGUAUGUUCCAGCUAACCAAGAGAUAUUACAGAAGGUGGAAGUAGAGUAUGAAACGAUGCCUGGGUGGAAGGCUGACACAACUGGUGCACGAAAAUGGGAGGACCUUCCCCCUAAAGCCCAGAACUACAUCCGCUGUGUGGAAAACUAUGUUGGAGUACCAGUUAAAUGGGUUGGAGUUGGAAAAUCAAGAGAGUCAAUGAUCCAGCUGUUCUAAAGGAAUGAAGAACUUCAGUGAGAAGCACAAUUUAGCAUUCAUCUGUUCCUUACUGCUUCGUCUUCAAAUGGAGAUGCUAUUUAAACCCGACAUGUUCUUCUUGAAAUUGAAUAGAAACAAAACAUAUUCUAUGUUGUAACAUUUUAUUUAUCUUUAAGUUCUCAGUAAAUUCAGUGUAAAUCUCCUUGGUGACCAUCAUAAAAAAAAAGACAAAAAUAUCCUUAACAAAGUAAGUAGAUUUUUUAAUUUGAGCCAUGUUACUAUUUGAACAUAAUUUCAUCCAUAUUAGAGCUACUUCUUGCUGAAACUAGUAGUGAGCCUUUUCAGUAGUUACUGGGUAACUUUAGAAUUGUAAAGCUUGGAUUUGUUCUUCAAACGUUAAGAUGUUUCUGUGUCUGGGUUGGCAGUGAUGAGAGAAACUGUGCUUAGAUUGGUUGAAUUAUAACAGAUUGCCAGGUUUUAAAAUACAGGGAAGUGGUUUUGAGUGCACAAAGUAAAUACAAAUAUCUAUAAUGAAUGAAUUUGGUGUUUUUUUAAUAGCUCUCUAAAAUGAAUGGAGAGCAGAUAAAGUACUUUUGUCACAGAGGCUAUCCUAAUAACUGAGAUAACAUCUGUAGAGGGGCCACACUGGAGCAAGUUGACGUGUCUAAUCAUGCUUUCAAAUGUCCUGUGUACUAACAAACCAUCUCCCUGGAGACCAUCAGAUGUGCAGUCUCUUUUAUUUGCGAGUAGGGAGGACACAAGUGAUGGUGGAACAGGGAGAGUCUUCAGGGGUAUGAAACAGAGAGCAGAGACAAGACAGCACACUCUUUUUUUUCUUGGUGAACUCAAGACAUUUCUUCCUGCUAGUGCAAUGAUAGUAGUUUUGAAAGUUUUACUGCAGUUCUCUGAGGAAUUUGGGACUUGUGGCUCUAAGACACACUCGUUUCCACAGCUCCUGAGUUUCCAAGAAUAAAUCAAUGCAUGACUUAAUGAUGACUGCUGCAGUAUUUACACCCCUCACACUUUAUGACCUUCCUCAGCAAAAUGUAAUACCUAUUUAUAGAAGGGGAUGACAUGUGGCAGCCAGGGUUGAGACAUGUAGAAGCCAUGGGAAGGUCCCAGAAUCUUCAAAAAUAACACUUGGGGUUUUUUUGUGGAUCUCCUAAUUUAUAAUGGCUAUGCUUUGAGAGCUCUCAAGAAAAAUACCUACCUCUUGUAGAUGGAAAAAACCAGACAUCAGAAAUGGAAUUAUUUCCUAACUGCAGCAUUUUCUCAGUGUUCCUUUUCUAUAAGUGUCUGAGAGCUGUAAUAUUUUUGUAUAAUUCCCAGAGGCUGUGGAAAUGGCAUCACAACCUCAGUAACACCACUGUGUAGUGUGUGGAAAAUACCCCUUUUCUAAGAUAGCCAUCAAGGAUACAAAAAAAUGACAUUUUUACAUCAGAGAUGGGGGAAAAAGAAAAACCUGUUUGGAGUACCUCGUGUCAUACUAAUCCCCUUUGCCUUUUCUCACUCUGUAUUAAAUAACAGUUAAUGUUCAAACCCAUUUGUGUCAAGAAGCAAUUACAAAAGUACCGGUACAAGCACCUAGCAAGCACUAAAUUGAACUGCUCACAGACACGCUGCUGCUUGUGAAGCAGAGUUCUUGCACCCUCUGGCUGCAGUGCAGUCUCCUCAUACGCCAGCUAUCACGGACUAUGCCACUAGUAAAUACCCAGUAUGUCUGAACAUAAUAGCCCAAAGUGAAUCCUUAAUUCAGCUACAACUCCUUUGUCUAUCUUCUGACAAUUGUUUCCUCUCCUUGCUGCUGUUUUUGCAUUCUGUACAACGGCAAUUAGGAAUACAUUCUCACCUCUUUUACACUGCUUUUUGGAGGUCUGGGAGUCAAGCCCUUCAGUCCUUCCUCUGACAUUGAGGAGGAAGCUCUCCCCCUUAUAUUUAUGGGUAUUAUAAUGAAAGAGCAAUGAGAUUUCUGACCUUAUUUAAUGUUUGCAAAGCACUUCUGAAAGGUGCUUGGUAAGUGCUAAUUAUUACAAGCACUGUGAAAUGUGCCUCAUUUAUAUGAGGUAAUUUAAGCAGAAAGAUGAGUGGAGGUAGAGUAAUUAAGUUUUGUUUUCACAUGGCUUAACCUUGUGACAUUUGCCUACUGGAUGAUGGAGAUACCUUCCUUCUCAUGGCUCCAUCUUCAUCAAUGCAUUUGUACUAGGAGGUUGUAGCUAUAUUUAAGUUUUAGUUGAUUUGCAGGCGAAGUCCUCAAUGAACAAGCCACUCAGUGUGCUAAGUAACUGGAUUAAAUGAUCAGCUCUAAAUGAAGCUAGGUUUUAUAGCUUAAUUUUCACGAGAUUACUUUCUCUUGUUCUCCUAAUCUUUUUAUUUUCCAUUAAGUACUUUUUACCAUUAGAUUCUUGUUGCCUGUCUUUGCAUUCAAGGAUUCAUCAAAAACUCAGUGAUGCUGUCAGUGGGCAUGAUGUAAUAGGUGAUUAUCCUGUGACUUACUCUGCUACCAUAAAAAUAAUACCAUGCAUUUUGUUUUGUAGCAUGGAUUUUUAAAUGAAGAUUCUACUCCAAUUGAAUUUUGUAUUUGUUCUCACUGACUUAAAUGUGAGUAAGGUCAGGCUUUUAUCAAAAAGCUCCUUAAUCUACCAAGUGACACAAAGCUUAAUAAGAAGAUUUUUAUGUAAAUUUGCUUUCAUUUUGGCUCUUUCCCAUAUGUAUCAUUUUGUACUGUUUGGGGUGUCAUUUUAGCAACAAUCACCAUGAUGAAUUUAAUUUCUUCUUUCUCCUCGGCCAAAUGCAAUAAUAAUGACUAAAACUGUUUGGUGCAUCAUCCUGGUAGAUAUCUGGAUGGAAGAAUAAGGGGAAACAUCUACCAAUAUGGCAGAAUUUGUGGCAAAGGUUAUAGAUUUGUAAAGGCAGCAAUCACUAAUUCACUCGUGCACGUAAAUGUAUUGACAUGUUCUCACAUUGACCUUUACCAUGUGGCCUUCAUAGUCAGGUGUAUGCUUCCUAACACAUGCAGUGUAGGAUUUUAAGGCUUUUGUAAUUUUUCAUUUGGCUAUAUCUGGUCUUACAGUUCUGGCAUAAUGCAUUUUCUAAAAGAAAUGGAAAUGAAGCAUUUCCAUAGUAAUGUGCAAAAUAAACUAAUGCCUUAUGCAGAUUUUUUCAGAUAAGUUUUGAAUCCAUUUUGUCCUGAAAGACACAUUAAAACCAAUUUAAAGUAA